AGGAAGAAGAAGAAGAAGAAGAAGAAGCGGCAGGACUGGGCAGAGAACCGCCCCCCUCCAGGCUGAUCCGGACUGCAGUCUGACGCAGGGAGGGUUGGAGGUCUGGACUCACCGCAGGCUGCUGGAUGUUUGUCAGGUUUGUGUUUUUCAGCUUUGGAGUUUCGGUUUGAAGUUUUUGGAUCUUACAGAAAUGUGAUCCGCGCCGGAACCAGGUCUUAAAGUGAUCCUCGCGGUGCGUAUUUUCGGCGCUAAGUGAGUGAUGAUUGAUCUGGAAAUGUCAGCGCGGCCGCUGCGCGCCGCUCCGCGCACUCCAUCAUCCCGGCGGGGCUGAGGGAAAGUAAGAAACCACCUGUUGUGGAAGUUUCCUGGAGCAGGUCGCGGAUAAACCCGAGCUGCUCCACCAGGGUCGCCGGACGGAGCCGAGAGCGGAAUGCGCUUUUUACGCACGGAGCUGGCGCAGUUUCCGAGAACAGGCUCCUCUGUAGUGAGCGAGACUCUCCGAGGACGGUCCCCGGCCUCCGCGCUGUGUGUCUGCGGUGAUGGUGCCAUGGUGCCCCGGGCUCAGAUGAGCAGGACGCCGGAGCUCCGGUCGGGAUGGCUCGGGAGGACGCGGUGAGGUGUCUGCGGUGUCUGCUGUACGCGCUCAACCUGCUGUUCUGGCUGAUGUCAGCGUGUGUGCUGGGAGUGGCAGCCUGGAUCAGAGACUCCCUGAACACCGUCCUGACCCUGACAGCCCACACCAGGUUGGAGGAGGCAGCCGUCCUCACGUACUCUCCAGCUGUUCAUCCCGUCAUCAUCGCUGUGUGCUGCUUCCUCAUCAUCGUGGCCAUGGUGGGAUACUGCGGCACGCUCAAAUGCAACCUGCUGCUGCUGAGCUGGUAUUUCUGCAGUCUGUUGGUGAUCUUCUGUGUGGAGCUGGCGAGCGCCGUUUGGACCUACGACGAGCCCGCAGUGCAGCGCUCUGAUAUGAUCAGUCUGAAGUCUCGGAUGCCAAACUACGGCCUGCAGCGUUACCAGUGGCUCACACACACCUGGAACAGCUUCCAGACAGAGUUUAAAUGCUGCGGGGUGAUCUACUUCACUGACUGGCUGGAGAUGACGGAGAUGGAGUGGCCACCCGAUUCCUGCUGCUCUGAUCCGUAUCCGGGAUGUGCUCGCCACGCCCACUACCACGACCUCAGUGACCUCCACCAAGAGGGCUGCGGGCCGAAGAUCUACGCCUUCAUCCGAGGGACGAAGCAGCUGCAGGCGUUGCGCUUCCUGGGCGUGUCCAUUGGCGUGGCUCAGAUCCUGGCGAUGGCGCUCACACUCACGCUGCUCUGGGCGCUUUAUUACGGGCGAAAGUCUCCAGAGCUGGACUCCACAGCGCCGCCUCCAGAUGACUCCUCCCCCCUCGCAGCGACACUCGGGCCCUCGUCCAGCUGCAACCACACAAAUAAAGGCUGUGCUGGUGCCGCUGCCGUCGCCAAACCCAGUGACCUCCAGUUCGAAAUGGAGCGUCUGUCAUAGGAUUCAAACUGUUUCAUAGUUUCAUUCAACAUUUCUGUCAGUUUAACGUCGGAGGACACGAUCCAAUGAAUCUCUGUCAGUCCGGUUUCUUCGAGGAUCCAUCAGGUCAAAAAUCCUGAACCCAUAAAGACCUCCACUGUGUUUGAGACGUUUCAUUAAGUUGUUUAAUGGACCUGGUUGGAGGUUCUAUUCAGCCACAACGAUUAACACAAGUUCAGCCGACCCUCGAGAAGUCUGCACGCGCCUGUGAAACCUUUUUUCUUUGGUUAAAUUUUUUUUUGCUUAUUUCAAAACUUCUUUAAAAUUAUGACUUUUCUCAACGUUUCUUUUUUACAGUGAAGAUUAUUUGAAAAGUUAGAUAUUUGGUCAUUUUCAUAGAUUCUAUGACUGCAAACCCUGAAUUUUUAUCCAAUCACCGCAACACUGGACUUUCACUAAAGAUAUAAGUAAAACGUUGAUCCAUACAUCACCAAACUGCUCACAUUUUAUUCUUACUGGAACAAGUUGCCUCCAAUUUUUAACAAAUUAUACAAAUAAUCAAUUUCAUUACAAAAAAAAAGUAUAAAAACAUCAGAUUUUUUGUAAAAGCUGCUGUGAAAUCAGGAAUUUUAAGACGCAGCAAUGAAACAAAGAUCCCGGUGUCGGUAUCAGACAACCUGAGUAUCAGACUCAACAAUCAGAUAUCUUUCUCUGCUCUGAUUGGUUGCUCUUGUUCAGGUCCAUCAGGAGCACGAGGAGGAGCCCGAGGAACCGGAUUCUUUCACACAAAAUACAACAAAAAGUAAUUUUUUAUAAAAGUUACCUACUGAAGUUGGCGAGUUAAACUUUAUGGACACUGACAGAAAUGAUGAACCGAACUGUGAGUGGAGUGGGAUGAUCGCUGUCGACCGAGUCAUCAGGAACUCUUUGAGGAUGAACUCUGAACUCGAGCAGAAGCACAAAGGAUUCUGGUACUUUUUGUUGGUACUUUUUCACUGGAUGAAGCUCGAAUGGAAACAACCACUGAACAGACGAAGAACUGUACGAAGUCAGUCUGAAGGGUCUGAACGAGGAGGUGUGCAUGGUGUUUAAUAUUUAAUAAUAUUUGUUUGAUCAUUUUCUCACUGGAAUUAAAGCAGAAUCAGGUCAAACUGUGGACGUUUGAUUCAGUCACCAGAAUCUGCCGGUGAACCGGACGGGGUGACGGACAGAAACAUAAUGAUUGUUUAUUUCAGUAAAAGCAGACUUCUCUUCAUCACAUGGUCUCCACAGGAAGAACAUUAUUACAGUCUACACUGUAAAACAAACUAACUCUGCAGCUGUCUGUUACAUUUUUUAGUCAAACUCUUGAUGAUAAUUUACUUUUAUUCUUUAGAAAAACUUGAAUCUUAAAGUUUUAGAAAAGAAAAAAUCUAUUUCAAAAAUUGUUCAGGAAACUAAUCUUAACAAUUCCAAACUGAGGGUCGGGCCCCCUGCUAGGUGUCGCCAAAGCUUCACAAGGGGUCGUAGGGACUUCUUGGUUUUAAGGCGUGUAAGAAAACUACAGUCAGUUUACUCACUGAUAGACAGGAGCUUUCUUAGGAAAAAUGAUUACAGUGAAAACAGUUACCAAAUAAUAAAAUCUUUGAAAACUGUUUGAAAUACAGCAUUUUUUGUUUCUAAAAGUUUUUCUAAAGAAUAAAGUUAAAUUACCUCAACAAAAGAUUAUAGGUUUAUUUCAAAACUUAAAAGUUUGAGUUUGACCUAAAACUUAAAUAUCAGUGAAGACAGUUGAAGACUGAAGUUUCUCAACAAUUGUGUAUGGACAAUAUCAUAGCAGCUGAUUUAGACACUAUAAGAGGUUUUGGGGUUAUUGAGGACGCUGAAUCCAUCAAAAUAUAAAAUGGUCGUUUAAACAGGAAGUGGUCAUAUUUCAGCUCCCAGUGUUUGUGAUUUAUUCUGAGGUUGUUUAUAUGAUGAACUGCUGAGGAGCUGAAGACAUCUUAAGAAAUAUUACGUCACACUGUGACACUGAGCUUCAUUAAGAACCUCAAAAUGAAUCUAAAUCAGCCAACUGGGAGUCUCGAAACCUGUAUGAAUGUUUAGGAACAGCAAACAUCACCUCAAACACUUUCCUCCAGUCGAGUGGAGAACACACACACACACACACACACACACACACUCAGCUGUUGAGUGUGAAAAUCUCUUAACAUCCAGCAUGUAUGAAAUUCUACCUCCACAACCUCUGCAGAGUAUUAAUAGAUCGUUUUACCCUCAGCAGCGUACUAAUGUCCUGAACAGACGCCUGAACGCAGCGCAGCAGUUUACACGCUUGUCUAUUUUUAUACAGAAUAUCUUCUCACAUCCCACCGUACUGUUCCCGAUCUGAUCAAUCAAUCAAUAAAUACUUUAACUCUCAGAGAGAAAUCAUUCAUUUCUAAGUAUGGUGCUUGACUGGUAUAGAUUGUUUUGUAAAUUCAGCGGUGGUGAAAAAGUACGUUUAACGUUCCAGGCGUUUUACUUUAAUGAACUCCAACAGAACUAUCGGAUCGACUUCAAAUUUAGAUCUAGACAUUAAUGAUGAAAACUUAUCAAAGUUUUCCGUCCGUGGCGUGGCGGCAAAGAUUAAAGUUUCACAAUUAAACAGGAAGUUGUUGUAAAGUACAUUCUAAAAUCAGCACCAAACUUCAUUGAAGUUUGAUAAGAGUCCUGCCCUGAACAAAUGCUAAUAUUCAGUAAGUCUUCAGGAAGUAAUCCUUAUAUGGUGAUCGUCCUCUGAUUUACGUGAAAUUUUCAUGCCGUAGUCGACACAUGGCGUGCUGUGUGGACUGCGAGGACUCAUGGCCAGAGGUGGGAAGUAGAAUCUGUUUUCAGGUUUGCACAGACAGCAAACAGCUGGCAGAAACCAAGAAAGUACUUUUACUUUUAAACUCUGAGUACAUUUCAGAGUCUGUACUUUUACAUUUCACCUCUGCUGGCUGAACCAAUCUGCUGAUCUGUUCUGAUCAAAAUAUGUUUACAUGAAACAACAAAAAGAAACAGAAUAAAUUCCAUAAAUCUGAAUGAAAA